AUGCAAAACCAGAGCUUUGCAACUGAGUUCAUUCUCCUGGGACUUUCACAAAAUCCAAAAGUUGAGAAGAUCAUAUUUGUUAUAUUUUUGUUUGUGUACAUUGCAACUGUUGGGGGCAACAUGAUAAUUGCGGUGACCAUCGUCUGCAGCCCUGCACUGCUGGGCUCCCCCAUGUACUUCUUUUUGGCAUUCCUGUCCUUCCUGGAUGCAUGCUUCUCUUCUGUCAUCACACCUAAGAUGAUCGUGGACUCUCUCUGUGAGAGGAAAAUCAUCUCCUUUGAGGGCUGCAUGACACAACUCUUUGCUGAACAUUUCUUUGCCGCAGUGGAAGUGAUCGUCCUCACGGUCAUGGCCUACGAUCGAUAUGUGGCCAUUUGCAAGCCCUUACACUACUCUUCCAUCAUGAACUGGGGGCUCUGUGGCUCGCUGAUGGGGGUUGCCUGGACUGGGGGCUUUCUGCACUCCAUCAUACAAAUCAUCUUCACUUUGCAGCUGCCCUUCUGUGGGCCCAAUGUCAUUGAUCACUUCAUGUGUGACUUGUUCCCAUUGCUGGAGCUUGCCUGCACCGACACUCACAUCUUUGGCCUUCUGGUGGUUGCCAACAGUGGGUCUAUCUGCAUCAUAAUCUUCUCCUUGUUGCUUGUUUCCUAUGCGGUGAUCUUGUUCUCCCUGAGAAGCUAUAGUUCAGAAGGACGCCGUAAAGCCCUCUCGACCUGUGGAUCUCACAUUGCUGUAGUGGUUUUGUUCUUUGUCCCAUGCAUAUUUGUAUAUGCACGACCUCCAACUGCCUUCUCAUUUGACAAAAUGAUAGCAAUAUUUUAUACCAUCCUAACCCCCUUGUUGAAUCCUCUGAUUUAUACAUUCAGGAAUAAGGACAUGCAAAAUGCCAUCAAGAAAGUAUGGAAGAGGAAAAUUUCGUGGGAUACUAACGAUGGGCUCGUUCAACAAUGCCUUGCCCUUGUGGGUUAUAAGGAAGACCAGUGGUAUGAGCGACACCCACAGCAUCACAAAACUGGCGAAAGCCUUUUGCAGUAUAAGCAGGUCCAUUGUCUGUCUUCAACGCCCGGGGCUUACCCCAAGCUGCCCAGGCCUCUAAACAAUGAGUAA